GACAUAUGCCACGCGCUUGAUGCUGGUGGUGCUCUGCCUGGAGUUGACGGACGUCAUCUUCGCUGUGGACUCCAUCUCGGCCAUUGUUGCACAGAUUCCUGACCUCUUUCUCGCCUACACCGCGUGCGUCUUUGCGAUGCUAGGCCUUCGGGCGACGUUCUUCGCCGUGGAUGAGCUGGUGAAGCUCUUUACCCUCCUGCCCUACGCGGUUUCCGUGAUCUUGAUCUUCAUCGGGGCCAAGUUGGUACUGCGUGGUGUAAUCCACAUCCCGGCACAGGUCGUGUGCAUGACCCUCUUUACGGUGCUGCUGGUCAGUAUCCUGGCCUCCGUGGUCUACGACCGCUUUCGUCCAAAGGACGACGAGGAGGGCAAGGCGAAGGACUACAUCUCCCCGCUCGCUGCCGGCAACGCCGGCAACGCGAGCUUCUUCCCUCAAAAGGCAGAGGACACGGAUGCCUCCUGUAGCUCCGCUGGCGAUAGCAUCUUCGCGCGAAAUGCUCUACUUGGCACGCUGAGAGAUGGGGCCAGGUGGCCAGAAGCUCUUUCCGUGGCCCGAGGGGUCGAGGCUGAUCGCUUGCAGCCGACAGUGGUGACGUUUGGCGCCGCCGCGACUGCAUGUGAGAGGGGCCAGCAGUGGCACUGGGCGCUUACUUUGUUCGAAGCCGUGGCAGGGGCCCACUUGCAAGCUGAUGCCUUGACGUACAGCGGGGCGAUCGUGGCGCAUAGAGUGCAGAUGCAAUGGGGCAAGGCCCUGUCUCUGAUGUCUCAGAUGGAUAGGAACCAGGUGAAACGGAACCUCUUCACGUAUACGGGUGCCCUCAGUGUGAUCGAUUCUGCAUGCGGCUCUGCAAGUGCAAGCGCUGAACUCUGGCAGAGGGCGUUGUCCGCGUUUUCGAAGGCAUGUUUGGAGCGAGUCGAUGCAGAUCAGGCUAUGUACGGGACAGUCCUUGGCUCCUGCCGAAAAGCCGGGCAGUGGCAGCAAGCCCUCGGAUGUCUCAAUGCAGGUCUUGAUCAAAGGAGGCUUGCGGCGAUCUGCUACAAUCUGGCUCUUGGGUGCUGCGCCGACCUGAAGCAGUGGCAGGCCGCUUUGUCAGUACUGGCGCUCAUGCAGUCGAAUGGCGUGGAGCCCACGGUCCUUUCCUUCACUGCAGCUCUGGGCGCGUGCAGCGAGUGGGAGCAGGCGGUGGGAUUGCUGGCGGAGGCUUGGAGAUGCCGCCUGGAGCCAGAUGAACGUUUGUACAAGGCUUUGGUUUGGGCCUGCCGUGACGAUUAUGGGGUGCAGCAACUGCUUCGCAAGGAGGCUGUGGCCAAGGGCCUGGACCUGGGUGCUGAGGAAACCCAGAUGCUACAGAAGAUUCAAGGGCAGCCGUUGGCCGGAGAGGCCCAGUAUGGGGCCGUUCUGCGCUCCCUCCAGGGUGCUGGAGACUGGCAGCAGGCACUGGCUCUUUUCUCGGCGGUGGAAGCGAAGGGCACCCAGGUUGACCUUGCCUUCUAUUCCACGUUGCUGCGGGUGUGCCGAAAAGGAGCCGCUUGGAGCGCUGCCCUUCGCUUCUUCGAGGAAGCCAGGGCGGUCUUAGCUGCCCAGGAGCAGCUUCCAGACAUCGGGAUGCACCUCUCGGCUUUCUAUGCCUGUGCUGCCUGCAAAGAGGAUCGCUCCACACUCGCUUUGCUCCUCGGCUUUUCGCCACCACGCGAAGCUUUCGAGGCAGCAAUCGCGGCCGCGAUCAUGACCGAUUGGGUGGAUGCUCUCGAGUUGCUCGUGGAGGGCCUGCAGAAGUCCGUGCCACUGAAGCCGGAAGCAGGCGAAGCCGUGAUGGAGCUCCUUGCGCGAGAAGCGCAAUGGGAAGCAGCUCUGCAGCUGCUGGCGAUCGGGGCGAGCUCGCUUCAACGCACGGAGCGGCUCCUCACUGCAGCCAUGUUUGCUUGCCGGAAGCGCCGGAAGUGGUGGCUUGUCCUAGGCCUCCUGACGCAAGCACGGGAGCGCCGGACCCUCGGUCACCUUGGGAUGUACCACCAUGCCUUGGGCGCAUGCUCCCGCAGUCAGGUCUGGCAGCAGGCCUUGGCCGUCUGGGCCCAGAUGGAGCUCUUGGACUUGCCAACGGACAAAAGCUAUGCCUUGCUCAUCGACGCAGUGCGACUUCGACAAAAGCACCUGGUGCCUUUCUUUAUCAAAAAGGCUGAAAGCAAGGGACUUCGACUGAGCAGAAGUGUCUACUGCGAAGCUGUUUGCACGCAGCAAAGAGCUUCGCAGUGGCAGCAGAUGGUCCUCUUGCUUUCUAGCAUGGAGGCAAUGCAAGUGGUGCCGGAUGCCGAGAUGUGUGAGAUAGCACUGCGGCCUUUUGGGAAAAUGGCUUUCCGCGCGUGGGAGUAUGGCGUCGCCCUGCUUCGGCGGGCCGAGCAGCAGGACGUGCAUCUCGACGGAGCCGCCUACGGGCACCUGGUUCGCGCUUGCAAGAAAUCGCAGAUCUGGUCGCAAGCGAGCCUGCUGCUGAUUUCGAAGGCUCGGAACUCGGCGACCUGGGAGGAAGCCGUCGAGACCCUCACAGCCGCGACCUUCGCGCUGGCGGAGGCCUUGGAUGGUCUGACCUCGGCCUCGGCCUGGCACUGUGCUGUGUGGGCCUUGCCCGGGCCAGGGUCUCCCGGGCCUCUCUGCGAAGCCGCCCUCCGGAUCUGUGCGGCUGCUGGUGAGUGGCAGCAGGCUGUGGCCGCUUUCGCCUGGAUAGAUGAGCCCAUGCGCUUUCGAGACCCUUCCUAUGCUGCUCCAGUGGUCCAGGCUUGCCAGGAUGCUCUGGAGUGGCAGCAGGCCCUGUCUCUUCUGAGCCAGGCCCAGAGAAACAGCUUGGAGCUGGGCCUCAUGGACCUGGGCAUUGCCUUCUGA